AGAAGGGAAAGAGAUUUACCCAGGGUACGUGUGAUCUGAUGAACAUGGCGCAGAGGAAACAGGCCAUCGUUGGACUGUAAACAAGAGGAUAUUUUGGGAUAAGAUCGACAUCGUACCAUGCACGUGUGAAAUGCUCUCAAUGUCGAUAUAUUGGAUCACUUCAUCUGCUUUAUUGAUGACUACAAAGCGACAGAUUGAGUGCAACACAUCCAAUUGCAUUCAUAAACAUUUCUAUAGGACUUCAAACCCCUGAGAUUAUCCAUUGUUUUGGAUAUUUAAACAAAAAAGCCCUGUUGUAUUGUGGAUGACAUCCUCGCACGAUCAAAUGGCAGCAACUGGAAAAGUAAAAGGGAGUAAUGAUCUGCAUCAAGGCGUUGAGAGGUUGAAAGAGGAGCACAGGAAGGUGGUGAAAGAUUGCAGAGGUCAAAUUGAGCACUGGAAAAAAGUGGAAAAAGAUUACGAAUCUCUUCAGGACCGUUUCAGGACCUUGCCUGACAAGUUGUCUUAUGAUAUUAUGGUACCAUUUGGACCCUUGGCUUUCAUGCCAGGAAAGCUAGUUCACACGAAUGAGUUAACGGUGCUCCUUGGGGAUAACUGGUUUGCAAAGUGUUCUGCCAAACAAGCAGACUCUCUUGUGGAACACAGGAUGAAACAUGUAAAGAAUGCACUAGAUGAUUUACAGAAAACAGUGAAGAACUUUGAGAACAGAGCUGACUUCACAGAUGAUCUUGAAAGGUUGACUGGUGGUACUGGAGAUUUUGUAGACAUUAGAGAAGAAGUGGUAAACGAGGAAGAAGUUACCAAAGGAAAGCAUCGUUUCGCCCACAAACCCAACUCUAAACCCAAACAGGAGUAUGUGCUGAAACUGAAGGGGGAGAAUGGCAAAGGAGAGGGGGAAAAAGGGAGCAGGAGAGGAGUGCUGUCUGAGAAGGAGCUUUGGGCUAGACUUGAUGAAUUGGAGUGUCAGGAGGAACUACAGGAUGAGCGAUACCGAUUGGACUGCACAGACACUAAUGGAGAAGACACCACUUCCUCUUCCUCGGAGGAAGAGAAAGAAUCAGACAGUGACAAGAGUGUGCAGGUAAAUGGCCAUCCGAAGGAAAAUGGCUGGGUAUCAUCACCACCAUCAUCAUCAUCUCAAAGUCAGAUGAACGGCACCAACGGGUCACAUCCUGAGGAGGUGGAAGAGGAAAAUUGUGAGGAAACAAGCAAUGGGCUUCCAACCAUCUUCUUUUCUCACACUGUGGAACCCAAAAAGGUCAGAAUAAAUACUGGGAAGAACACCACUCUAAAGUUCAGUGAGAGAAAAGAACAAAAGGAGCAAGCCAAGCGAAAAAAGAAAAAUGGUAAAGGUAAUGGCCAUUCUCCUCAUGAAAAUUACAAGAUCACCAGCCCAGCAGACAUUUAUAGGGCGUUUGUGGAUUUGGUAAAUGGAGAGCAAAUACCACGGAAGUCCAUUUUGAAGUCCCGUAGCCGUGAAAACAGCAUGUGCAGUGACACCAGUGAGAGCAGCACUGCAGACUUUGAAGAGCGCCGUGCAGCUUUCGGGCAUUCACUGAGCCAUGAUGACGCCAUGUACAGUGAUACCAGCGAUGGCAUUACAGAGGAGGACAGUCCUACAGGCAGCAUCCCCCACAUCAAUGGACGCUUUGAGGCUUUUACUGGCACAGUGAUUGAAAAGGAUCCCCUGCCUUCCUCAAUCCCACACCUGACCAUCGCCCCUCCUGCAUUGCCCACAAUCCCAGAGAGGAAGCUAGAAGAGGUGGGCACAGAAAUGCCACAGGAGCCCCCUAAAAGGAUGUCCAAGUUUAAAGCUACACGGUUGCAGCAAAAAUGAGAGCUUAUCGCAACAGAAUCCAGCUAUGCUUUUUUUUUUUUUUAAUCCCCCUUUUGUACAACUUUAACCCUUAUAGACUGGAUUACAGAUGGUAUUUUUCACACAAGCGGGCCGCUACCUUGUCCUCAAAGUUGCUUCUACAUUGUUCUACAUCUGUCUGUUUUUUGUAUGUGUAUUAUAUUCAUCCCUGACACUUUUAUUGCAAUGUUAUAUGAUUUGCCUGACUGUCUGCAGUUUUAGGCCGGAUGGUUUGAGAUGAUUUAGACAGCAUAAUUUGUUGUUUUCUAUGUGCAUUUAAAAAAAAAUAAAAAGCAAAAAUGGAAAAACUUUAUUAAGGAUAACAUAAAUGGCAUUAGGGACAUCAUGGCUUCACCCUACUGUCAUUUUGAUGGGGUCUAUGAUGUAAAAUGCUUGUAAAUGCAGCUUUUUCAAAGUUCCAGAGUUACUUGCUACUUUGACUUCAGCAAUGCUGCCAGAUUUGAAAAGGCAAUUUUAUCCUCUGAGCUUUUACUUUGAUUCUCCUUUAUUUUUGUAUUGUUUGGGUUUUAUUUCUGACUCCUUUAAAUGUACAUCAGCUUUUUUGUGACUGCCAUGAAAAUGCUGUUACUGAAAAGAACAUGAAAUAAAAUGAUUUUGA